AUGGCGGAGCUGACUGGUGUUCAGGGCGAUCCUGUCGUACCUUCCGACAUCUACAGCCUGACGCGCUCCAGCUCGUCGUCCAACUCGGGCACCGCCACCAUGGUCUCCCCUAAACGCACCACCGCCGUGGACGACUCGCUCAGUAAGAUGAGCACCGACGAGUGCCUCGCAGACCUCAAGGCCACGCCCUCCAAGACGCCGGCCACGACCAAGAUCCCGCGCGUCUUCCAUCCCCUCCACAAGGACAUCAGCAAGUUCCUCGUCGACAGCUGCUGCUCCAAGGUCCCCACGGCCGUGCAGCCGCCGGCCGACGUGGCGGCGGCGCCUAGCUACGUCCAUCAGCGCCUGCUGUCGGCGAUUAGGCACCAGCCCGCCAAGGAGCACGCCUUGGUCGGCUUCAAAGAGCCUGGCGAGAGGCAACUUGGACGAGCUACUAUCGUGGACAUUGAGAGCAACACGGCGCAGCACUACGCGGCCGAGUUCGGCAUCGUGGUGGCCGUGACUUUGCUGUGCUCGAGCCCGGGCUCUCAGCAAGAGCAUAUCGUCCCGUCGUGA